CCUUACCUGCUACAGCAUCGUAGACCGUCGACCUGCUUGAUCGCACCGUUUCCGACGGCAUUCCGCCCUCGACAGAUGUAUUUUUGAGCAGUUUUUGCGCAAACGGAGGCGUUACUCCCGGCUUGUGGCUUUACUGUGGGCUCUCGGGCAGCCCCUCAAAAUGCUGCGACUCAAUUUAUAAGGCAUGAAUCCGAUUUGCCUUUUGGAUGCAGCAGCAGGUGAGUAUGUAGCCCUAAGGACCUAGUGCUUAUAUAAUCUGUGUGUCGUCAUCAACCGCGGUUGUUAAAACUUCGUAUGUACGGCAACACGAAAAUUGCCCGACAGCGCAAAGCAUGUAGUCGCACAUGAACGCACAACAAAUCGCCAACCGCGCAUACGGAAUCAGCCCAACUCAUGUCAUCAAACGCGCGCUCGUCGCUCAUCUUGUCUACGCGCUCCAGCCGUCAUCGGUAAGCUUUAGCGCACGACUCCCUUCUCCUCACGAACCGAACGAGCGCCACAGAGCACACAUCGCGGGCGUCAACGCACUCACCAUCGACCGCUUCGACGGCCGUUAUCUGCUUUCGGGCGGCGCGGAUUCCUCGGUCGCGCUAUGGGAUCUCGAGGCACGGCCCACGGUCGUUGACGGGGACGCCACAUAUGCGCCGCUCUCGACCAUGAGGAAGACGGCAGAGGAGCAUAAGCUCGGCAUCACGCAGGUCUCCUUCUACCCAUUCGAUAGUCUGGCGUUUCUCACGUCAUCAUACGACCACACAGUCAAAAUCUACUCCAGCGAAACUCUUAUGCCGUCUGCAUCCUUCGAUCUUGGUAGCGUCGUUUAUAGCAUCGCGCUUUCGCCCAUUGCAUCGCACUUGUUGGUCGCAUGCGCAACCCAGCACCCCACUGUGCGCCUCGUAGAUCUGCGCUCUGGAGCAAGUUCACAUUCACUUGCUGGUCAUUCAGGUGCCAUCCUCAGCACAGCUUGGAGCCCCACCCGUGAACAUAUCCUUGCCAGUGGAGCGACAGAUGGGAGUGUGCGCUUCUGGGACGUCCGUCGUAGCGUGAGCGAACUGGGCAUCUUGGAUAUGGAAGAUUCCGUAGGCCUGUUAGGCAGGCCGGCUUCGUUGUUCAUGCGCAACUCGGUACAAGGCAAGGCGCACCGAGGCCCUGUAAACGGAAUUGUAUGGACGGAAGACGGACAUCAUUUAGUAACAUGUGGACACGAUCAACGCAUCCGCGUCUGGGAUACAAACACUGGCGCAAACACGCUUGCGAAUUUCGGACCCAUGGUCAAGAACUCGGAUCUUGCGCCGUGCAUUCCACUUCUCCCACCAGCAAAGCAUCUGCAAUCAGGGAAAGACGUUUUGUUCUACCCGAAUGAGCACGAGAUCCUGGGGUAUGAGCUGUUCGACGGUAAACUCUUUCGCCGCCUGCGCCGCACCGAGCAGCAAAAGCAAAUGUACGGGAUCCGUGGCCAAGGACAGCGCAACGCCAAAGACAAAAUUACAUCAUUGGCGUGGCGUGCGCACGACGUUGAGAUGUACUCUGCACAUUCGGAUGGCAGCAUCUCGGUGUGGCUACCGCGGACGGAGGAAGAUGCCGCGUUGGACGAAGAGGCUCACGAAGAGCAGGAGUCGAAAGAUGAGAGCAAGAAGCGGAAGAGGGGAGUGUUAGAUGAGAUCUACCAGGACUUGACAAAAAGAUCCCUUACGUUCGGAGGAAUGUAAAAAUCUAAUCACAUGAUCAUUCCGGUCAUCCAAACUGUUCUGUCUACGUAAUGUGCGUACUGCGUGACGAGAUAGCUCCAUUGUGACUCAUUACGGCACCUGCGAAACGUUCGCUCGCUGCGUAGCGGGGAAACCGGCACCUCGUCUUGCGUCCUCGAUGCAUUGAGCUUGCACC